GGAGCAUGAAUACUCCAUUUAAUCCAGAAAGCAUGGCGAGCACUUAGGGCUAAUUAUUCCUGGGAUUGGCUUCAUCCAUAUCCCGCCAAUCUGGCUGUGUAAGUCUACCACAUUUUAAUAAUCUCCCUCUCAACAAGCCUAUAAACACACAACCAACUUGAACAAUUCAUCAUAAAUUACAGUUUCAGAGAAUUAUUUGAACCAGAAGAAAUGGAGAGGAGUUCUGUGGUACUGGUGGGCCACUUACUCGUGCUGCUUGCCUUGGUCCCUGUGGGAAGCAGUUGGGACAAAUGGAGUAUAAUCAAUCCCAUGAUGCAGAUCAAACCCAAUGUCAAACUGAAAUACAGUCUGAAGAACUACUGUGAGAGCUGGAGGAUGAAUGUGGAGCUUAAUAACAUCAGAGAUUUUGAAGUGGUUCCAGGGGAGUGUGUGUAUUACAUAGAGAACUACAUGACUUCUAAACAAUACAAGGUUGAUCAAGAAAGAGUGGUUGAACAGGCCCUCUUGUAUCUCACUGUCAUUGAUCUUGCAGGGCAUGGCAAGGAAGCCUGGAUAUUUGAUGUCGAUGAUACCCUUCUCUCUACAAUUCCUUACUUCCGAGAUCAUAGUUUUGGUGGAGAGGUUACUGACAGAGCAUCAAUAGAGAAGUGGAUGGGGGAAGUUAAAGCACCUGCAAUGGAAGCAGUUCUGCCUCUUUAUAACAAGCUUAAGAUGAAGGGUGUGAAAAUCUUGAUUAUCACAGGCAGAGGUGAGCACUUGAGGAGUGCAACUGCUGAGAAUCUGGUGAGGUCUGGCUUCACAGGGUGGACCGAGUUAAUUAUGAGAGAGGCAGAGGACAACUAUAAGACAACUCUGGCCUUCAAAUCUGAGAAGAGGAAGCAGCUGGUUAAGGAAGGAUAUCAUAUACUGGGCAAUGUUGGUGACCAGUGGAGUGACAUUCUUGGGAGUGAAGCUGGAAUUCGGACCUUCAAACUGCCCAAUUCCAUGUAUUACACUGCAUAAGUUAUUUCACUUGAAUUAUAGCCAUUAGAUCUUUGGUUGUAUCUAAAAUAGUUCCUGGUCAAUGCAGUUUCUUAAUAAUCCAUACAUUUGAGAUAUUGGAUUCCAGUGGGUGGGUAUGAUUUACACCACCUCAUAAUCAUUGUUCUUGGGUAGCUGCAAUCAAUUAAUCUUUGCCCAUUUUGUCCCUCUUCACAGGGUAAUUCAAAGUUCAAAA